GAGGGGCAGCAGCGUAGGAGAUGCUGGUGGUGCUGCUGACAGGGUUUUGAAUCAAUUGCUUACAGAGAUGGAUGGUAUGUCAGCGAAGAAAACCGUGUUCAUCAUUGGGGCCACUAAUCGACCAGACAUUAUAGAUCCUGCUCUUCUGCGACCGGGCCGUCUGGAUCAAUUGAUUUAUAUCCCACUCCCAGAUGAGGAUUCCCGUCAUCAGAUAUUUAAAGCUUGUUUGAGAAAAUCUCCUGUUUCAAAAGAUGUUGACCUUAGAGCUCUGGCCAAGUAUACUCAGGGCUUCAGUGGUGCAGAUAUCACUGAAAUUUGCCAGCGUGCAUGCAAGUAUGCUAUAAGGGAGAACAUUGAGAAGGACAUUGAGAGAGAGAGGAGGAAAAGAGAUAACCCUGAGGCAAUGGAAGAGGAUAUUGAAGAGGAAGAGGUAGCUGAAAUCAAGGCAGCUCAUUUUGAGGAGUCAAUGAAAUAUGCACGAAGGAGUGUAAGCGAUGCUGAUAUUCGCAAGUACCAGGCGUUUGCUCAGACAUUGCAGCAGUCAAGAGGGUUUGGAUCCGAGUUUAGGUUUUCAGAUACCAGCACUGGUGGUGCUGGUGCUGGCACUGCAUCUGACCCUUUUGCAAGUGCUGGUGGAGCUGAUGAAGAUGAUCUUUACAGUUAGACGUACCUUUGCCUUUGCUUGAAUUAUGAACAAUGUUGCUAGUUUAUGUACUUAUUUUGUCUGAAAGUCAGGCUUCUUGGGAUUUAUUGUUGUCAUCCUUUGUGAAAGGUUCUUAUUCUUGUGGUAAAAGCCUCUUUGAAAGUCGAAAGAUUUAUUUGGACGUCAAAAAAAAGAUUUAAAGCACACUUGAGAGAGCUUAGCUUUAUUUGAAUUUAUAGUAAUUUAUGACGUGAAUUUCAUGCCC